AAGCCGCCAUUGUUUUGCAGUGUUGCAGCAGAGGAGCUAGCAAAGGUGUAGUUCAGCUUCAGAGGAUCGGAGGCCGUCUUCUUCUCCACGCGCCGUCGCCAUGGGUCGUAUGCACAGUCGAGGUAAGGGUAUUUCAGCUUCGGCACUGCCGUACAAGAGGACGCCGCCGAGUUGGCUGAAGAUCUCCUCUCAGGAUGUUGCCGAGAACAUUUGCAAAUUUGCCAAGAAGGGUUUGACACCAUCUCAAAUUGGUGUUAUUCUUCGUGAUUCUCACGGGAUUGCUCAGGUGAAAAGUGUAACUGGGAGCAAGAUUUUGCGAAUAUUGAAGGCUCAUGGGCUAGCUCCUGAAAUUCCGGAGGAUCUUUACCAUCUCAUCAAGAAAGCUGUUUCAAUCAGAAAGCAUUUGGAGAGGAACAGGAAGGACAAAGAUUCCAAGUUCAGGUUGAUUCUGGUGGAGAGCAGGAUCCAUCGCCUGGCCCGGUAUUACAAGAAGACAAAGAAGCUUCCCCCUGUUUGGAAGUAUGAAUCCACCACGGCCAGCACCCUCGUGGCUUAGGAGAAGCAAGUUUUUGGUGAUUACUGAGAGAAGCAUGGAGUUAUUUUGGCGAUUAAACUUUCCAUCAGUACUCAUCAGCAGUUAGUUAAUAUGUCUUGUGCUUAUACUUAAGAGGUCAUUCGAGUUUUGUWACUCUUAAUGCAAAUUUAAUUUCUGCUAUGCUUUUGAUUGGUAGGGUUCUUUUUCUUUUCUUUUUAUUUAAAAAUAAUAUUGAACUGACAUCUUGAUUUAGGGAAAAUGAAAGAUCGACCUUGAAAUGUAUUGAAUUUUA